GCGUGUCGAGAAAAGUUGACCGCGUGUCGGAGCGUCGACACGCUCGGACACGCGGUCCACGCGUGUCGGAUUUCCGUGGUCAACUUUUCUCGACACGUACGGAAGCACGGACAAAAAACCCAGCCCGACUCUCUUGUACGGGGUCGUAAUUGAUGACCCGGUCUUCCAAUGUGAUCACUGACUUGGCCGCCGCGGAGGCAUAUGCAUCAGCGAAAGUGGGAUUAUAAAAACCGGAGAGAGGAGAGCCAGAGGAAAGCACAGAUUGGAGAAACAUAAAAGAUGAAAGCGGCGGUGUUGUGUUUCCUUCCGAUGGCCUUGGCCUUGGCCACUUUUGCCGAGAAGGACAACUGCAACCGAAGGUGCGGCAACCUGAACGUGCCUUUCCCAUUCGGGCUCGACGAAAGUUGCGCGUGGAACUCCGAACUCGCCCUCAAAUGCAACCACACAACCAGGGAACUGAUCCUCGGCAAAAACAUUCCGGUGCACAACAUAUCCGUGGAGGACGGGACGAUGACCAUUGGCAAUUUCAUAGCAUACAACUGUCGUAACAAGAGUGGCGGUCUCCUCAAUGGCUCUCGCCUUAAACGACAGAUCAGAUUGGGCAAAGACGGGCAAUAUACAGUCUCGGACACCCGGAACAAGCUCACUGUCUUCGGUUGUGACACGUCAGCUCGUAUCUCCGACGCUGACGAGACUUUCGGGAGUGGAUGCUUCUCCUAUUGCCGCGAGGAGGUCAACUUCACAGCCGAGAGUGCUUGCUCCGGCCUCGGGUGCUGUCAGACGUCGAUCCCCAAGAGCCUGAGGAGCCUCUGGAUAGAAAUGAGCAGCUCAACGAAUUACACCACAGUUCGGAACUUCAGCUCUUGUGGAUCAGCAUUCGUGGUGGACCAGGAGACGUUUAAUGUCUCCGAUUACAAGCUCCCUGUCCCGGCUGAUAUGCGAGAACACGUUGACUCAAAGGUUGUCCUGGAUUGGGUAGUUGAACGGAAUUUGACCUGUAAGGUAGCGCAAUCGAACCGAUCGAGCUAUCCCUGCGGCGCCAACAGUAACUGCUCUUACUUCGAGAACGGGCUGGGUUAUCGCUGCUUCUGUAAGCCUGGGUACACGGGGAAUCCCUAUGCCCCCCCGCUGUCCCCAACGUCUGCAGGAUGUGAAGACAUCGACGAGUGCGAGGAUCCAGGAAGAUAUCCAUGUCAUGGGAAUUGCAAGAACACAGCCGGGAACUACACAUGCGACUGCCCGUUUGGCAUGGAUGGUGAUGGCAAAGUCAGUUGCCAAAUUUCUCGUCUUGCCAUAAUCGCUGCAGUCAUUUUUGCGGUAACGCUGUGCAUAGUUGUUAGUGGCCUAGUCUUGCUCAUAUGCAAGAGGAGGGCCAAGGAGAAACACUUCAGGCAAAAUGGAGGAGAGAUCUUGAAGCACCAGAGAGUGAAAAUCUUCACUGAGGCAGAGUUAGCUAAAGCCACCAAUAACUACGAUGCUAGCAAUAAACUCGGUGAGGGUGGUUUUGCUUCAGUUUACAAAGGAAGAAUCGACGGUGACAUAUUAGUCGCAGUCAAGAAGCCUAGAGAUGUCCCUAUCAAGAAGCCAAAGAACAUGAACAAGGAUGGCUCUCUAAGCACUCAUGAUGAAUUCCUACAUGAAAUCGGCAUCAUUUCACAGGUGAAUCACAGGAACUUGGUCAAGCUCAUGGGCAUAUGUUUGGAGACAAAAGUGCCAUUGUUGGUCUAUGAAUUCAUCCCUAAUGGGACUCUCUAUUACCACAUUCAUGAUAAGAGAUCAACAGUCUUGCAAUCAUGGAAGAAUCGCCUCAAGAUUGCCUUGGAAGCUGCCUUGGCCCUCGAGUACUUGCAUUCCUUGGCUGAUCCGCCAGUCAUUCAUAGUGAUGUCAAGUCUCUAAAUAUACUUUUGGAUGAGAAAUACUUUGCUAAAGUAUCUGAUUUCGGAGCAUCGGUUUUGAUAUCACCUGGAAAGAUCCAUAUAGUCGAAAGAAUACAAGGCACAAUAGGUUAUCUCGACCCUGAGUAUCUCACCACUGGGGAAUUAACCACGAAGAGUGAUGUUUAUAGUUUCGGGGUUGUCCUUGUAGAACUCCUUACUGGAGAGACGCCGAUUCGGCAUGGAAAAUCUGGAGAAAAAAUCAACGUCAUCCAAUCUUUCAUCUCUGCUGUGGAGGACCAAACACUCCUCCAUAUGAUAAAUUUUGAGGCAUCCAAUGAAGGUGAAGUGCGGGAGAUCGAGGCAGUCGGUUCGCUCGCUAGAAGGUGCUUGAACUAUAAUGGCAUGAGUAGGCCAGCAAUGUGGGAAGUGGCUGAGCAACUGGCUGGGAUUAACAAGAGCUUGUGGGCCGAUCAAUGGAACAACGAGGAGGCUCAAAGUUUACUCAAUGGGACGAGAUGUGAUUCUCUUUCGACUUCAAUUAGUGCAAUGAACAAACCGGAGUCGACCGAUCUUCUAGUAUUUGACAUCGAGGCGGACACAACUAGUUCUAGCGUCUAAUUCAUGGUUUCUAGCGUGGGGCUAUGUACAAGAAACAAAACCAAUGGUCGUAUGUUCGUCCUUGAUAUUUCGAUUGAGGUCCUGAAUAAGUAGCUAUUUUGAAUUCUUUAUAAGGGAUGACUCUAUUUUAAAUAAAAUACGGCGGAUUAUGCCUGAUUGUACUCACUUCUAUUCUAGCUAUAGAUUGUAGAGCUAUGAG